CUCGGACCGAAACUUAAAACACCCCACUCUCCCGCCAGCCAAACGGCACGGCUGCUUGCUUCCAGCUGGACAGGGGUGUCUCUCAAAAGUCUUCUUCUAAAGCGGCUUCAAGAGGCGCGGGCCUACGGCGCGUUGAACCCCGGAAGUGACGUCUCCCAGAGGGGCCGGAAGUGGCAGUGGAGGGAGGGAAGAUGGCGGAGGUGGUGAGUCCGGUGCCCGGGGCGGGGCGGAGGGAGCCAGGGGAGGUGGGUAGAACCCGAGGCCCCCCAGUAGCCGACCCUGGCGCCGCGCUGUCUCCCCAGGGGGAGAUAAUCGAGGGCUGCCGCCUGCCCGUGCUUCGGCGGAACCAGGACAACGAAGAUGAGUGGCCCCUGGCCGAGAUCCUGAGCGUGAAGGACAUCAGUGGCCGCAAGCUUUUCUACGUCCAUUAUAUUGACUUCAACAAACGCCUGGAUGAAUGGGUGACCCACGAGCGGCUGGACCUGAAGAAGAUUCAGUUCCCCAAGAAAGAGGCCAAGACCCCCACGAAGAACGGACUUCCUGGGUCUCGCCCCGGCUCUCCAGAGAGAGAGGUGCCGGCCUCCGCCCAGGCCAGCGGGAAGACCUUGCCAAUCCCGGUCCAGAUCACACUCCGCUUCAACCUGCCCAAGGAGCGGGAGGCCAUUCCCGGUGGCGAGCCUGACCAGCCGCUCUCCUCCAGCUCCUGCCUGCAGCCCAACCACCGCUCAACGAAACGGAAGGUGGAGGUGGUUUCACCAGCAACUCCAGUGCCCAGCGAGACAGCUCCAGCCUCGGUUUUUCCCCAGAAUGGAUCAGCCCGUAGGGCAGUGGCAGCUCAGCCAGGACGGAAGCGAAAAUCAAAUUGCUUGGGCACUGAUGAGGACUCCCAGGACAGCUCAGACGGAAUACCGUCGGCGCCACGCAUGACUGGCAGCUUGGUGUCAGACCGGAGCCACGACGACAUUGUCACCCGGAUGAAGAACAUCGAGUGUAUCGAGCUGGGCCGGCACCGCCUGAAGCCGUGGUACUUCUCCCCGUACCCGCAGGAGCUCACCACGUUGCCCGUCCUCUACCUCUGCGAGUUCUGCCUCAAAUACGGCCGCAGCCUCAAGUGUCUGCAGCGUCACUUGACCAAGUGUGACUUGCGACAUCCUCCAGGCAACGAGAUUUACCGCAAGGGCACCAUCUCUUUCUUUGAGAUUGACGGCCGUAAGAACAAGAGUUAUUCUCAGAACCUGUGUCUGUUGGCCAAGUGUUUCCUUGACCACAAGACGUUGUAUUAUGACACAGACCCCUUCCUCUUCUACGUCAUGACAGAGUAUGACUGCAAGGGCUUCCACAUCGUGGGCUACUUCUCCAAGGAAAAGGAAUCCACGGAAGACUACAACGUGGCCUGCAUCCUGACCCUGCCUCCCUACCAGCGCCGGGGCUAUGGCAAGCUGCUGAUCGAGUUCAGCUACGAACUCUCUAAAGUGGAGGGAAAAACGGGGACUCCUGAGAAGCCCCUUUCAGACCUUGGCCUCCUAUCCUACCGGAGCUACUGGUCCCAGACCAUUCUGGAGAUCCUGAUGGGGCUGAAGUCAGAGAGCGGGGAGAGGCCACAGAUCACCAUCAACGAGAUCAGUGAAAUCACCAGCAUCAAGAAGGAAGAUGUCAUUUCCACUCUACAAUACCUCAACCUCAUCAACUACUACAAGGGUCAGUAUAUCCUCACGCUGUCCGAGGACAUCGUGGAUGGACACGAAAGAGCUAUGCUCAAGAGGCUCCUUCGGAUCGACUCCAAGUGUCUGCACUUCACUCCCAAGGACUGGAGCAAGAGGGGAAAGUGGUGACCGGACACUGGCCACAGCAGUGGUGACAAAGGAGAACUGGGGCUGACGGCACAUCCCACCCCUACUGGGGCCCCCAGAGGCACACCAAGGCAGGUGGCGCUGAGGACAGUGCCAUAAGGAGAGGACAGGCCUGGUAGGGGCUGCUGGUGCCUAGCACCAGGGUAAGCUCAGGGCUCAGAUCAGCUCCAAGGUCAGCCGGCUGCAGGUCUGGGCCUGCUGUGAACCAGAGACUGGACAAAGCCAGGCAGCUGUGUACAGUGGGAUGGGGGGGUGGGGUGGGGGAGUGGGUACACUCUGUACAGGGGGCCAGUGGCUGUAAAAAUUUCUUUUGUAAAGUAGGAGUUGCGGGGGAAGGGGUCCUGGCUGCAAAAUUCUGGCCUCUUUUGCCCUCACUGCCCCUUGGCAAUAAACUCUUUCUAUGGGCCAGA